UGCUAACAGGUCAGCGAUUUGUAGGGUUGUGCUGUCAGCAAAUCUAUGCUAGGCUACUCAUUCACGCCCCAUUCUCUCUCAUCCCACCCCGGUUUGUCUGACUCUUCUCUCACUUGACUAACAACUGCUGCGGGCUCGGGAAGUGGCGGGAUUGACUUGUCUGCCCUUCGUGGUUUAUAUGACCGUUCGGUGCUCUGUCUCUAUUUAUCCUAUGUGAAAUAACGGUUCCAAAGAUACAAUCUACAAUCGGAUAGCCUAACGGUCUAGGACCAUGGGCGCCAAAAGAAACUUGAUUAUGUCAAUUUGUUUAGCACUCAAUGCAAGGGAUCUUCAAACGGUAGGCAUGAUUGUUUCGAAGUAGCAGCCAGAGGAGACUAUUAUAAUUUCUGUUCUUAUCGAGAUCGGGUGCAUCGAGAGACAGUGGAAUAUUUUAGCAGUUGGGGGGGGACGAGGAGAAAGAGGAACGGUAUUCCCAGACUGGACUCACAAGGGGCUUCUAAAUGCGUCUUCUUGUCGACCCACCGAGAACAAUGAAUAGUGGUUCUAGCAACUUUCUGCUAGUUCCAAUACCGGAGUAUCCCAUUCUAGACUGCGUGCCCAACAAAAACGUCAAGAUUGUGGUUUUGGGAGCGAGCAACGUCGGGAAAACAGCUUUGAUAGUCAGGUUUCUGACCAAGAGGUUCAUUGGGGACUAUGAGGCAAACACAGGGGCCCUUUACUCCAGAAAGAUCAAUCUAGAUGGAGAACAGGUCUCACUGCAGGUUCAGGACACACCCUGUGUCUCUCUACAGGACGAUGCAGAGGGACUAUAUUGUCAGGAGCAGAUCAACAGGUCUAUCUACUGGGCGGAUGGAUACGUCCUGGUGUUCUCCAUCACCGACCACAGCAGUUAUAGAACCAUACAGCCUCUCUACCAGCACGUCAGACGCAUCCACCCUGCAGGGAACAUACCUGUUAUACUGGUAGGCAACAAGAGCGACCUCCUCCGUGCCCGCCAGGUGCCGGCUGACGAGGGCGAGACGUUAGCAGCCUCUCUGGGUGGGCCAUACUUUGAGGCGUCUGCCAGGGAGAACCACGAUGGGGUCCACGCCGCCUUCCUGCACCUCUGUGGCGAGGUGAGCCGGGCGCUGGGCGGGGUUAACGGGGAGAAAAGGAGAGGGGGACUGCACCUGGCCCGGCCCAAGUCCCCCAACAUGCAGGAGCUGAAGAGGAGAUUUCGACAGGUGCUGUCCUCUAAGGGAAAGUCUUCCACUAACACCUUGUGAUGACGAUGGGAUUUUUUUAUUUUUUUCUACAUGUUCUGGUUCUGUAAUUGGAAUUCUGGAUUGAGCCCAGUUGACUCUCCUGUGAUGUCGUUGUAUGAUAAUGAAUGGAACAAUUUUUUCAAAUGGAGCAUUUCAUUGGAACAGUGAGAAGAGGGAAACAAAGGUUAUUGUAUUUCUUUGGGUUGGAAUGGAACAUUAAGAUAGAGGUUCCCCUUGUGGAAGGAAUGGUACAGAGACAGCAAGGCCCAAGACUUCCAACAAAACAGUGUGCUAUGAGGCUUUUGACAUCACAUACCAUUCUGACAAUCUAACCAAUGGUGACAGAGGAGCCUGAAAAUCUGACUUUGACUGACAGGCCUAACGGACCAAUCAUAGGCUACUCUGAGAUCUGAGCUGUCACGCACUAGCCUACUCUUCUUGCUUCUGAUACAUUUGUAUUGAAUGAAUGUCAUCUGAAAAUGUACUGUACCCAGAAGCAAAACAAACCGAUGUUUGCAUCCCAAAUGGCACCCCAUUCCCAAUUUAGUGCACUACCUUCAACCAGGGUCAAGUAGUGCACUAUGUAGGGAAUAGGGUGCGUUUGAGACGCAUAUACUUUGAAAAUGGAAAAACAUGGAUAGGCCAUGGUUAAUUAAAUGUUUAUUUAGCAAUUACAUGUCCUUGACAUUUAAAUAUGAUCUGUUUUAUAGCAGACUUUUAUCCAAAGAGACUUAGUCAUGCAUACAUACAUUUUUACCUAUGGGUGGUCCCGGGAAUCGAACCCACAACCCUGGCGUUACAAGCCUCAUGCUCUACCUGCUGAGCUACAGAGGACCAUCCUGGACUGUACUUAUCUGAACCAACCUGAUUCCCUCUGAACAGUCUCUAACCACAGAUAUAGGAUCAGUUUACCCUACCAUUAGCACUAGCAUGAACAUAGAUCAGAGCUUAUAGGGGGAACUUCAGACAAACCUCUGUCAGGCCUAGGGUCACUGCUUGCAAAAGUCUGCUAACUUCCUACAUUUCUGGGUUUACCAGAAAUCCUGGCUGGAACUUUCCUGGAAUCGGGAGGGAAUAAGCAGUAUUUCUGGAAACCCAGGGUAUUUGGGGGGAAGUUGCUGUAAUUUUGCCACCCUAGUCAGGACCCUUUAGAGCAACAUGUACAGGCUCCAUUUGGGACGGAUAUAUCUUUUUAAUAAGAGACCAGAGAGGAAGAGACAUGGGCUCUGUUCCGAUUGGCACCCUAUUUCCUAUAUAGUGCACUACCCACAGAGCUCUGGUCAAAUGUAGUGCACUAUAUAAGGGAGCCAUUCGGGACUCACACAUUGGAGAGACAUGUCAAAUCGGAGUUCUCAUGACCUUUCACCUCUAUCUGCUGUGUCAGAGUUUUGUGGAACACACCAGAGGUUAGGGAGCGCCCAGUUCCCCCAGACUCGCACGGAUACACAGACACACGCACGGACACACACAAGGACGCCUGGGGCACAGGGUCAGGGUCAGGGUUACUGGGGCACAGUGUUCCCGAUAACGACACAUUCCUCAGCAUCUGGAAUUUGUUUCUGUGAAUCUGGUCGUUGGCCCCCAACCACCUCCAUAGAGAAACACACACAACGACCUUUUAACCUCUGACCUUUGACCUAUAAAAUGAAUCAGUGUGUCUCAGUAGAAGGAUUCAUUUCACUAUAGUGGCUGAGUAUUGCUUUGCUGGGUCAUGUUCAUUAGGGACAAAACGGACUUAAACAAGGAGGGACUACCUGGACUUGUCCAAUAAGAAACACUUUUCUUUUCUUUUUCUCUGCAAAGUGUUUUAAACCGUUUUCCUGUGAGUGCUCUAUUUAACACGACCGAGAUGUUUGAAAUGUAGUUUAGAAAUGCUAAUAAAGAAGUUUGAACUUGUUUUGAAG